UCUCAAUCUCUUCUUCCUCUUUUCUAUUGAUGGAGUGGGAUGAUGGUGAUCUUAUGUCGAUCGUGCAGAGUUGUUCCCUAAUGAAAGGGAAAGCUCUAGUGACAACUUUUGAUUCAUUUUCUCAUCGUCCUCCUCUUUCUCCUCGUCCUAUACCUUCAUCAAUAUUAGAAGAGUCAAUGUUGCCAAUGGUAUCAAAUUCAUUUUCACUUCUUUCUCCUCCUCUUACUUCUCCUCCAAUAAGAAUAGAGGGGAGAAUGUUGCCAGUGAUAGCAAAUCCAUUUGAUCCUUCAUCUAAUCUUCUUCCUCUUUCUCCUCCUCCUUUGCCUUCAUUGAGAAUGGAAGAGAUAAUGUUGCCAGCGAUAUCAAAUCCAUUUGAUCUAUUUUCUAAUCUUCUUCCUCUUUCUCCUCCUCCUCAUCCUCCUCCUCUGCCUCCAAUGAGAAACAAGGAGGCAUUGAUGUCAAUGGAAUCAAACUCAUUUGAUUCAUUUUCCAAUCUUCUUCAUCUCUCUCCUCCUCCUUUGCCUCCAAUGAGAAACAAGGAGGUAAUGAUGUCAAUGGAAUCAAACUCAUUUGAUCCAUUUUCUAAUCUUCUUCCUCUUUCUCCUCAUCAGUCCUUCAUAUCAAUGGACGAGAAAAUGUCACCAUUGACAUCGAGUUCAUGUUCUUUUCUUCCUCCGCUCCAUCAGCCUCUAUUUCCAAUGAAAAAAGAGGAGAGAAUCAAAAAUCCAAGAAUGACGGCUAAAGUCAAAAGAAGGGAGAAACCGAAGAUUAGGAAUGGUGGGUUGAAAUGGGAAGUAAAGAAAGUGUGUUUGGACAAGAACAUCAUCUUUGGAGAUUUUUGGGCUUGGCGUAAAUAUGGAGAGAAAAAAAUUAAGCACUCGGCCAACAUUCAUCGGGAAUACUACAAGUGCAGCAAUAAUGACACCAAGAAAACUAAUUGCCAAGCAAAGAGACGAAUUGAGCGCAACUCCGACGAUCCCCAAACACUCACCAUCGCCUAUGCCGGUGAGCACAACCAUCAAUUGCCAAUCCGACGCCACUCUCACUCGAGACCGAGCGAAGACGUCUUCAGCCCUCUGUCGGUGCUCUUGCCUACAACAACAUCACCAUCAGUGGAAGAGGAAGAAGAAGAUGAUGGAGAUGUUGCUGACGUGGAGGUUGCUGAUGAUGAAGGAUUCUUUCUCAAAGAAAGUGGUUGUUCGAAGUUGAAAAUGAAGGAGAUGGCAAUCGCGAUAGCUUCGAGUUCUUCAGCUCUUGAUGAUGAAGAUUAAUCUAGUAUCUUCUCAUGAUGAAGUAGAGUUUAGUGGAGUAAGGGUCAAUUUGGCAUGAACCGGUGUAGUUCGGGACCGAGGGAGAGCUGGAAUAAAAUAAGAUCAGUUUAUGAAUCGAUCAUAUUUUCUCUCAGUUCUUAGAUUGAUGAAGAUUGAUAAAGUUGUUACUUGCUUUAUAUUUUCAUUGUUCAGUAGAGUUUAGUAGAGCAAGGAUC